AUGGUCUCGCAGCCCGACUCCGCGUCCUCCCUCACCCUGCGAGGCCCCUCCUCGGUCGUUUCGCGUCCUUCACUAUCGCGCACGAAGCGAUACAACAGGUCUCACGUUGGCGGUGCAUCCUAUAUAUCCCAAAAUGAGUUUCCCGUGUUCAACAAUUCGGGCGAUGUCGAGAUCAUAGUCCAGGCUGGUGGUCACCACAACCGUUACCUGCUGCAUCGCCACACCCUCACUCAAUGUUCCGGCUUCUUUGAGGCUAGCACAAGUCUUGAGUGGUCCAAAGCAGUUCCCGAUGGCACCUCGAGCGACCUAGCCCGUAUUAGCGACGGGUCUUCGGUCGACUCGUACAAUAAUCCUCUGGCCUCCAGCCGGGCCUUGACGAGUUCAUCUGCACUACCAAAAAAACGAUGGCGCUAUGAAUUGGAUCCAGGCAUGGGGGAUGGCGAUAUACCAAUGCUGGUACAAAAGGCCGAUGAUCGCUCAAAGGGUCUGAGCGCUGUCAAUAACUCUGGGUCUCUGUUUGGUUCUGGCAGCGCGGCAAACAACGACCAACCCGCAACAUAUUCGCGGAGCAAGACGUCGGGCCAUUCCCAUUCCUCGUCCGCACAUUCGAACCAUACCUUCUUCCGCUCCGUUGCCAAUCUGAGCCUCGUGCCGAGCUCGACAGCGACGGCGACAGCGACAAGUCAGCCACUUGCGCAGGCCGACCAGGAUCUGCUGCGCGAUUACGACAACCUCUUCCGCAUCUUUUACAACCACUCUCCGAUACUAGACGGCGUCAACAUCGCUGAUGCCUACGUGCAAUGCAAAUCUCUCAUCACCUUGGCGGACCUGUAUGACGCAUUGGCCGUGGUUGGCCCCAGGGUCGACCACCAUCUACUUCAAUUCCAGUCGCGACUAUGGAAACAGAUUGCCAAGUAUCCAAUCUCAUACCUACGUCUUGGCUACCUUGCCCGCAGCAGGGUCAUCUUUCAGGAGGCCCUGAUACACGUGGUCGGGCAAUGGCCGGCAGGAGAACGCAGCCUUCGUGCUGCACUUCCCGAUAUAGUUCUAGACAUUAUCGAAGACAAAGUUGACGAGCUGGAAGAGGUGGUUAGUCGCGUCGAAGGCCGUCUCUUCCGAUUGAACUUGACGACAGCGAGGGGCGAACGUGUCACACCGCAGACGAAUUAUCUGGACUGGCUAGCCGUCAGCCUAUUCCGUCAGUGGCUAGCAGACAACACCAGUCCUCCGCCUCCAGACCGGCGAACCCAAAGCUCACGCGACAGUCGGAAUGGAAAUACGCAGCAGCUGGCCCUCCCAGCAGCUGUCCCGCCGUUGGCAACCGUCGGCCGCACCUAUCGCACACUGGGCGCCGCCUCAUCUGCCUAUCUCGGCCAUGACGAGUGCAAACGAUUCUUAAAAUUGACACCUGAGCUGUACAGCCGGGACAACCUCCGACGCUUUGAGAAGCGCAUUGACGAGUUGAAGUCGAUGGCUCGCGACAUUGUCCGGCCAUUGAUGGGCAGCGGUCUCGAGCUGGAUAUUAACAGCGGGAGGGCCGCCGAUGGGAUUGGCUACCUAACGUGCAUCACAGUUGGGGAUCGCGACCUCCCAUGGCAUGGCGAGCAUUGA